CUUUUUCCCAUUGCUUGUUUUUCCGUUUUCUUUGGACAAAACAAGCCUCUGCAAGCACGCUUACAGAACAAGCUUAUUUGGAUUUAAAGUGACAGAGGCUCUAAAACAUUCUGAGAGGAUUUUGAGCAAAAAACCCAAAAUGAACAUGUUUUAUCCAUCCUAACCUGUUAUAAGGACCAUUAAUGGUUCACUUUAAUGUUCUGCAACCAGCUGGUAAGAAAAUGCUGUGGGAUUGAGUUCUGCCGGUCUUUAUUCCGUCAGAGCUGCAGAGUCUUUUCACUCAGUGUAACGUUUCGUCAGUGAUUUGUGAAUUUGAACCUGCCUGUCGCUUUCACUGCUUCCUGUUUCUCUGCACUGAUCACACACAGCCACACAGUACACACCUACACACACCCAUUGGUCACUGGUGUCGCUGGUCCGCCUCCACACCGUCUGCUUUAUAAAGGCAGGCCACACCAAAGGAGUGAAGUUACACAGACUGGCCCUUUAAACUCCCUGUCAGGUCAAAUACGACUAAUUGGUGACAUUUUCUCUCUGCGUCUGAUAUUUGAGAUUUUAAUCUCAGAAGAGUUUGUGUUUUUUUGUUUUGUUCUGCGGUCGUCAAUGGAUUUGCCAGACUUUCCCUUCCCUCUCUCGUCAGCUGAUGACCUCUAUGACCCCUGCUUCAACACCAGCGACCUGAACUUUUUCGAUGACCUGGACGCACGGCUGACGCACGGCGGCCUGCUGAAGUCGGAGGAUCAUCUCCAUCACCACGUGCCAACAGCGGAGGAGGAGGACCAGCACGUGCGGGCCCCCGGGGGCCUCCACCAGGGGGGCCACUGCCUGCUGUGGGCCUGCAAGGCCUGCAAGAGGAAGACGACGCACGCCGACAGGAGGAAAGCGGCGACGAUGCGGGAGAGACGGCGCCUCAGUAAGGUGAACGACGCGUUUGAGACGCUGAAGCGCUGCACAGCCUCCAACCCCAACCAGCGGCUGCCCAAGGUGGAGAUCCUGCGGAACGCCAUCAGCUACAUCGAGUCCCUGCAGGCGCUGCUGCGAGCCGGCCAGAGCGACGGUGGAGGCGGCUUCUACCCGCAGCUGGAGCGCUACGGCGGCGAGUCGGACUCCUCCAGCCCCCAGUCCAGCUGCUCCGACAGCAUGAUGGAUUUCAUCUCUCCCUGUUCGGCCAGCAGUGAAAACGGAAACACUUCCUGUGGAAAACAAACAGCAGACGGUUGCAGCAGCAGCAGCAGCAGCAGCAGCAAGUCGCCGCUCAUUUCCAGCUUGGACUGCCUGUCCAGCAUCGUGGAGCGGAUCAGCACCGACCGGGCCGGGGCCCCUGCCGGGGACAGCGUGGUCCCUCAGGGGACCGAAUCCCCUCACGACGGCUCCGGCGUCUCUUCUUCACCUGCGGAUCUCGGCAGCAUCUACGAGCCAAUCUCAUCCUGAUGGAGCCAACAGCGCCCCCUGCCGCACGGACUGAUCCAUUACCUCCAUUUUUAAGGAGGCGAACUCUAAAUUAUUCCUGAUUUCUGAAGUAAGCCACUGAAACAGCUGCAUUUUCUUAUGGAUGAAACAGUUUUCCCUGACGUUUUUUCACAUUUUAGCUGAAAAAAUGAAUUCUGCUGUCUGUUUUUAAGCAUCCAGGAUUCCUGGAGACGACCUUUUUCACGUGAUUCCUGCUGAUAAGAACUGAGGACCAUUAGCACAUCUGACUAGUCACGCUAUGUCAAAAAACAAAAACAAAAACACAUUUAAAGUGUUGGAGUGAAUGUCUGUAUGAUAUUUAAGAGCUGAUGAAAUCUUAAUAAACAUAUAUUUAUAUUGUGA